CGUGGAAGACCUGCUGAUGCAGUUCUGGUCCCUGUCGGGCGCCAAGGAGGCUCUCGGUGACGUCGGCCGUGUCGACCGUCUGGACACGCGCACUCUGGAGUGGGGCCACACCAAAACCUUCGCAUGCUGGCUCUGGGUCUGGGAUGUGGCCCACAUCCCGACCAAGCGCGCUCUCUUGGUGCUCAAGUGGUGCACCGGCCGGGCCGACGAGAUCAUCAGCCUCGCGCCCUUUGAUCGCCGCAUCCCUCCACCGUCGGGCGUCCGAUGCUACGACUUGCUGAUCCACGUCGACUUGCUGGAGGAUUGGACCCUGUCGCCGCGCUCCUCACACUCAGGCCAGAGUGGUAUGCCCUCCUCGGAUGAAGACGACGACCGCCCUCUCCCGCGUAUCGAGCCUGGCACGUGGGUGGCUAGCAUGGAGGACGACCAAGGCAGGGCUCGCAGAGGUGCGCCGCGCAUCGGGGCUGCGGGUUGUGUCCCCUUGCUCGGGAGUGGCGGCAGAGAUCAGGAAGAUGGCGGCGGCAGUGGCGGCUUGGGCCAGUCCUGGAGGGACCGCCUUCUUGGUCGUGGUUGCCACGCAAAGGGAAAAGAUGCAGACGUCGUCAAGAAUGCGCAUCGCCGACGUAGCAGGACUUCGGUGACAGGUGGCCGCGGCCGCUCUCAAGCUGGGAAGGACGUUGGUGCGCUGGUGCUGCGUGCCACACCGCCCCCCCUCGGCCUUGUGCCCACUCCGCAGGUCGAGGAGGACCCGGCCCAGUUCUUUUCCUUCUCCGGCACCGGCCGCGCCCUCUCCCCGCCCCCGCGCACGGACUGCAUGCAAUUGGAGAUGGAGAAUGCCAUGCUCGAAGCCCUGGACACCCCUCUGGAUUUUGAGGAUGGUGGCCGCUCCCCUCCCCGCCUGGACGCUGGGCCCUGCCGAGCUGGAAAGCCUGGAGAUGCUUCCGUGCCUGCUGCUCUGCAUAAGCUCCCCCGCAGCAGCCACAAUAAGCUUUCAGAUGGAGGUAGUCACUCAGAGGGUGGGCACAAUUCAGAUUGGCAGUAGACGGGAGCACGCAGCCGAGCUGUUCGCCGUGGCGGCCCCUCUGGUCCUCCCAAGUCAGCCACCUCAUCCUCGACACUCUACCCUGCUCUAGAGCCACUUCAGCACCCUCUCGCCGUAGCGCACGUCAGGCGACAACGGCCAACACAACUCCAGUGGUGCAUCGGGCUGUUCUGCGCCUCAUCUAGGAGUUAGGGGAACUUGGCCCUAAAGACAAGAUGACUCCAAAGACGGCGACGCAGCUCAUGAAGCGUUUCCAGGAUCCCCUCCCUGAUGGUGACAUUGCCGCGAUAGCAAAGCUCACAAGCCCCGACCAAGCUGUUAGCAUGGCGAGGCUUGCUGAGGCUGAAGAGAUUUUGCAUGGUUGAUGAUGUUAGUUGUAGUUUAUGUAGCUAGGCUCCGCCAGUGGCUGGUAUUCCACUAGUUUGAGUUAGGAUUAGUGUCUAUGUGUAGUUCUUCGGUCCCGUGGCUUGUUAAUCGACGAUGGGGUUUUGGGCGUGUUGGUGGCCGUCGUCGCCUCCUCGUGUGUUGGGUGGUGUACUCGUCCUCUUUUAGUAUUAUGUUCGGUUGGUGGAGCAAUCUC